AAACACAUGCACACUGAAACGAAACUUCUACGAUUUGGUUCAGCUGGUUUCUUUACUCGGCAUCGCGUUGUCAACACAACAGGCUCUGUAUUUCACGGCUAACAACAAUCAACUUAGAGUGAAGCCAGUUUGCAUGAGGUGUAGCCAUGUCUUUAGCUGAUGAGCUUCUGGCAGACUUGGAGGAGAUUGCGGAGGAAGGAGUUGAAGCCGAGGCUGUCAACGAUGAAGAUGAAGACAUCCAAGAUGUGGAUGAGAUUGGGAUGGAUGUGGAUACCAAGGCAGAUUCCAUCACGUCCAUCGCUAAACUAAGACAUAGUAAAGAGUUGAAAAAUGUGAUGGCACAGAUCGAAUAUUUCCAAGAAAAUCCCAGGAAGGAAGAAGUGGUUGGCCCAGUAGAGGCAGAUCCAGAAUAUCAACUUAUCGUCCAAGCCAACAACCUGAGUGUGGAGAUUGACAACGAAAUCAAUAUCAUUCACAAGUUUGUACGAGAUCACUACCAGAAACGCUUCCCUGAGCUAGAAUCACUGGUCCCCACACCCCAAGAGUACCUGCAAACAGUCAAGGAGUUGGGCAACACUCUCGACAACACAAAGACUAAUGAGCAGCUGCAAGACAUCCUGACAAACGCGGUGAUAAUGGUGGUGAGUGUGUCAGCCUCCACCACCCAGGGGACAGAGCUGACAGACGAAGAAUUGGCUACCGUCUAUGAGGCUUGCGACAUGGCCUUUGAUUUGAACGAAGCCAAGUCACAAAUCCAAGCUUAUGUGGAGUCCCGUAUGUCAUUCAUUGCACCCAACUUAUCCAUCAUAGUCGGCUCAUCAACGGCUGCCAAGAUCAUGGGUGCUGCGGGAGGCUUAACCAACCUCUCCAAGAUGCCAUCUUGUAACAUCCUACUCCUAGGAGCACAGCGGAAGACACUCUCAGGUUUCUCCAGUGUGGCAACAAACCCUCACACAGGCUACAUCUACUACAGUGACAUAGUCCAGGCAACUAAUCCAGAUUUAAGGAAGAAAGCGGCACGUCUCGUGUCAGGCAAAUGCACCCUUGCAGCCAGGGUAGACAGCUUCCAUGAGAGCACCAAUGCUACGAUUGGUUUGAACUUUAGAGAGGAGAUAGAACGUCGGUUGUCCAAGCUACAAGAGCCACCUCCUCCUAAACAGGCGAAGGCUCUACCGGCUCCCAUCGACGUCAGCAGGAAGAAACGAGGUGGACGAAGAGUCCGCAAGAUGAAAGAGAAGUUGGGCAUGACCAGCAUGCGCAAGGCAGCCAAUCGGAUGACAUUUGGGGAGAUUGAGGAUGAUGCCUACCAAGACGAUCUUGGCUUCUCUUUGGGUCAGGUGGGCAAGGGAGGGACGGGCCGGAUACGAGGGCCGCAGGUUGAUAACAAGACACAGGUCAAGCUAUCCAAGAGCUUACAGCGUCAGUUACAGCGCCAGCAGACCCACGGCGGUCGAUCCACAGUAAGAGGGAGGGAGACGUCAGGCACGGCGUCAAGCGUUGCCUUUACACCCCUCCAGGGUUUGGAGAUUGUCAACCCCCAGGCAGCAGAGAAGAAAGCCUCAGAGGCAAAUGCUGGAUAUUUCUCAACGACCUCAGGCUUCAAAAGAGUGCUCUCUGGUGCCAAGUGAUCUAAAAAGAACCCACUUGAUGACAUCACUUGAAGGUCAGAAGGUCAUUGCCAUAGCAACUGGCAGCUUUCAUUUUCCCGGUGGGUGAUAUUUUAUAUGAAUAAACCUUGGCUGGUUCCAUAACGGAGUACCAGGAAAGUGAGCAAAGGACCUGCAGUAAGAUUGAUCGUUUAUGGAAGCCAAUGAUGACAGCCAUCAUGCUCUGUUGAUAUCAUGAUGACAUCGGACUUGACUCCCAACUUGCGUAUGGUUGUUUGGACAAAUUUGGGAAGUAGUCUUUGAACUUCCAGAAUCAUGACAACAUGAUUUUUUAUAACACCCUUGUUUUGUGUACAUGUGACGACAGUGACGUAUAGGAAGGAUCUUCAGAAACUAGCCUUGUAUCAUAAGUGCCUUGUCAAGACAGUUGAUAAUAUGUAUAGCGCCCUCAAUUUAGGUCUUCUUUCGAGGCCGUGAGAGAUAGACAGCUGCUGUAGUGAUUCAAAUUCUAACAUUCUCAUCUAUCACAUUAAACAGUUGCCACUGAUUACGUCACUUAAUAGUCAAAAGACCCACAAAUAAGAAAUUUGAUUUUGGGAUUUGCCCAUCAUCGGCAUUGACAAGCACAGCGAAAUGUUAACAUUUGCAUCUCUGCGGCACACAUUUCAAUACUUUUUUGAGGAUUCAACACUUUUGAGGAUGUUGUAGUGCCCACCCUUUAAGAUAUGUUUUCCUAUGAAAAGUGUAAAUAAUAGGAGAACAGUUGGCCCUGUUUUUUUUUUUACAUGUAUUAUGCUUUAUUCCAGACACAUCUAUACUGGGACUUAUAACAUUCUUAAAAUGUAAUUUUGGAGGCAAUUUUGAUUUUUGUUUUUUUAGUUUGUGUAUUUUGUUUAUUUCAUUUAAGCUCCUUUUAUGUUUUGUUUGAGUCUGAUUGACUCAAAUUUGUGAAAUAAAGAAUAUUAAGGACUAGAACUCUCUGGAACAUGU